CCCUCUCUCUCUCUCUCUCAGUUCCAUAAAGACUUGUUGGGCUUCGAUGAAAGCACUCAUUGUAACAUAGCUUUUUCUAGGGUUUCUUUCUCUUAGAUUCUCCUAAUCGACUUUUGGAGGUCUUUGGGGUCAAAUUCGCAGCUGAUCGAGAGAUAUUGAUGGUUCAGUUGAUGAAUUCCGGGAAAACUCUGCCGGAAUCGGAAUCUCAGAGCAUGAAAAUGGUGCCGGUGAAGCUGGAGGUGGAGGACCCUUUGGAGGACAAACAUGGCCCCCUCAACAAACGAUCUAAGCUCUCCUCUCAUACCCCGCAGUGUAACUCGGGAUCUGGUAGUUUUCCAAUACCAUCACAAUACAAUCCACUCGAUGAGCCAAGUCCAUUGGGCCUGCGGCUCAAGAAGAGUCCAUCGCUUUUGGAUUUGAUUCAAAUGACACUUUCUCAAGGAAAUGCUUCUAAGUUUGGAACACAGGUCAAGAAAGAGCACAAGGCCACCUCUGCUUCUAGUGCUACUGAUAAGCUCAAGGCUUCAAACUUUCCUGCCUCAUUUCUCAGGAUUGGGACUUGGGAGUAUAAAUCAAGAUAUGAAGGGGAUUUAGUUGCGAAGUGUUACUAUGCAAAGCAUAAGCUUGUGUGGGAAGUCCUUGACGGUGGUCUAAAGAACAAGAUAGAAAUUCAGUGGUCUGACAUCAUGGCUUUGAAGGCAAAUUACCCAGAUGACAGGCCCGGGACUUUGGAUGUAGUGCUUGCUAGACAACCUCUUUUCUUCAGGGAGACCAAUCCACAACCCAGGAAGCAUACCUUAUGGCAGGCAACGCCAGAUUUUACUGGUGGACAGGCAAGCAAUCACAGGCGACAUUUUCUGCAGUGCCUUCCAGGAUUGUUAGGAAAGCAUUUUGAAAAGCUUAUUCAAUGUGAUCCUCGCCUUAACUUUCUGAGUCAGCAAGAAGAGAUAGUUUUAGAAUCUCCAUAUUUUGAACCCAGAAUUUCUGUGUUUGAAGACUCAAAUGAAUCAAACCAUGGGUUUGAUUUGAAUGGUGAGGAAGGGCAGGCAUUUUUCAAUUUGCAGGAUUCUGCAUCACCAUCUGGGGGUCAAUCUUCCCCCCGAACAAAUGAACAAGAUCUAGUUGGUAGACCUCCAGAACAAUUUCCCUGUGAAACACCUUCACCUAGCUCAGUGAUGGACACCCAUGCAAUUGAAGAAAUCAGGAUCCGCAGAGUUGAAGAACUCAAGGGACUAAUCAAUCAAGAUCAAAUCAAAGUACCUGGACUCCACUCUUCUAUGUCAAUGAGUGAUCUAGUAAGCCACAUCGAACAUCGGAUCUUGGAACAGAGAACAUCCAACAAUUUUACCCUUUCUGAGGAAGAGCGACAAAGCUUGGAGAUCCUGGAGGAAAUUAGCCGGUGCUUAUUCAGUGAUUCUCAGUAUACAUCAACCUCUGAUGAGAAAUGCAUCAUGUCACGAGUCAAUUCCCUUUGCUGCCUUCUUCAGAAGGAUCCUAUGACGGCCCAAAACUCACGGGUUAAAGGUGAUAAUAAUAGUUUUGAUGUAAUGGUGGACAAGAGGACAGGUGAACCAAACUCAGUUUCUGCAUCAGCAAGUGAAUCCAAUGAUGUAUCUGGUUGCAAUCAGGCUCCAGCGAUGGCCAGGAAGGACUCGGUUGGAGAGCUGCUGCUUAAUCUUCCGAGGAUAGCAUCUCUACCACAGUUCUUGUUCAACAUCUCUGAAGAUUUUGACAAUCAAGCUAGAUAAUGAGUGACCUUACUUUCCCUUCAAAAAAGUAUGUGAAAAGCGCACUUCUGGUGUAAAUAUAGAUUGUGUUUGGCAGUUAUUCACUGAAUUUUGUGAAGUUUGAGGAUUCAGAGAUUCAUAUUGAUGAAGAAUCCUGAAAUGUUUGCAUUUGGAAGCUGGCCUUUCUGGUUUUGUUCAAAUGUAGUACUUUUAAAACGUGUAAAUAUGUCA